GUAUAUAGCUCAUGCAGAGAGUGUCAUUAAUUGAUCUGGUGUUUUAUAGUACAAUUGAAAAAAGAAAAGUUUGUUUGAAGAACAAACGCUGUUUGAAAUCAUUUGAAGAAGUAUGAGAAAAGUCGUCAUGGAGACUUCAAAGACAACUAUAUCCAGAAAAGGUUCCAAUUGCGCUAUAUGUUCAUAUUCUUGGAUUGAGAGAAGUCCACAUUGUUUACCAUGUCAAGUGGCGCAUAUUUUCUGCGCUGACUGCCUUGUUCUUUUCUCCAAAAAGAAUAAAUUAAAAACUGGGGACGAAUUUCAUUGUCCAGUUUGUCGAAAAGCACAUAUUUGGCCUGAAAAUGGAGUAAACGGAUUUAGCCGUUUACCAAUAUUUCAAGAUAUUGAGACUUGUGAAGAAGAAAUAUCAACGGACGGCUAUAGUCUAUUACUACCUCAAGGAGAAAAUGGAAAAAAUAUGGAGGAGAUUGUUUUAAAAGGCUUAGAGAGGAUAGCUUGUAACAAGGAGAAUCUUAUUGAAUCAAUUAAUGACGAAGAAUCAAAAUUAUUAUUACUUAUUAAAAAGCACAAGAUCCUAUUGGAAGAUCAAAUUAGAUCAUUUUUCUCGCACAAGGAAAAUCAAAUAGGUGAACUUUUACAACAGAUUAGAAUGCUUGAUUCAUUCGAAUCGGGAGUUGGUGAUGAUUUUCAAAGCGAAACUGAUGAGAUUAGAGUAAAAUUGAAGAAUCUUAUAGAUUCGUCUUUAGGAUAUGAUUGCUUUUUCAGAAGUUUUAUGAACACUGACAAAUUUCAAUUUGGUAACUUUUCUACUGUAGAAGAUAAACCAGUUGGAAGUUUCUAUAUACCAAGGGAAUAUCAAACAUUAACUUGUACAAGUAAAUCUUUAUAUGUUUUGAUGGAAGAGAAGAAAAUGGAAGAUUAUUUUUACAAGAUAAGAGAGUAUGGAAUAAGAUUACAAAAUGAACCAGCUGAUAUUGCCGAAUGGAAAGGUGAAAGGGCCGAUUAUCAAAUGGCUGCUGUUGGUAGAGCUGUUUACGUAAUGAAAAUCAACGGUGUAAAAUGUCUGAAAGUGAAAAAAGCUAAUAAACAGCUGGAGAUAUUUUUCGAAGUGAAAAACGGCUACGAAUGUAAAAGAAUAGUAUCAUUUAAAUCUGGAAUUAUCUGUAACGGUAAAAAGGAUAAUCAAAAUGACAUUGUUAAAAUAUCAGAUCCAUUAGGUGUUGAUUGGGUAGCAACCAUGGAUGAUAAAAUGGAAACUGUAGAGCAGAUGCAAGUAUCAAGAGAACUACUGUUCAUACUUGGUUCUAAUAAAACAGUUUACAUAGUACUAAUGGAGAAUGGUAACAAGUUUCAAGAAAUUCAAUUAUCUCAUACCGAAGUCAGGCGUCCAUUAUCGGAACUAUCAAAUCUCGAUUCUUUAAAGUUAACAAUUGAUUGUGCACUAUUCGAAAAAGAUAGCAUUAUCGUUUUAGCAAGAAUUAUAAAAACGGCAGAAAAAAAUGAAGACUUUCAUAUAUUAACAUUUGAGAGAAUUUUUACAAAAGGAACUGUCUUGGGAUACUUUUUAACUCAGACUGGAGUAAAAUUUCUAAUUGGACAACAACACGCCUCAAAUACUUUAAAAAUCGUCUUUCCAAAAGAUGAUUAUGAAAAGUUGGUUAAAGGUGGAAAUGGUAAUGAAUUAAGAAAGGUUAUUUUAAGAGGUAUUGAAAAAGUGUUUGAAGAAAAGCAAAGAACAAGAAGCGAUGUUAAUAUUGAUAUUGAAAAGGCUAUUGAAUUCAUUCAAAAACAAAAGGACUUUUUAGAAGAUAGAAUAAUUACUUUUUACGAUGAAAAGGAAAGUCAACUUGCCGAAUUGUUACAGCAUAUUAAAUUAUUGGAAAGUUUCGAAACUACUAUUGGCGAUGCUUUUGGCUCAAACGUUAAAGAUAUGUGGCAAAAGUUGACAAACUCCAUAGACGCUUCUCUAAGCCGUUCGUUUUGUAUUGAUUAUUGUUACGAAAAUUUGAAAUUUUAUCGAUUGAUUGAGAAAGACGCUAAAUUGGAUGAGAGUUUCUGUCUAAAUGAAAAUUAUCAAUCAGUCGCUCUGACGGAGGAGAAAAUAUACGUUUUGGAAGAGGACGUAUUAUCCGACUAUUAUUUAUAUAAAAUAACAGAAUACGAUAUGGACGGUCUUAAAAAGCCACGUGUGAUUGUAAAAUGGAAAUGCGAUUUGGAGCAAAACUACGAUAUGAAGGUGACUGGCGAUACAUUGUAUAUCAUAGAAGUUAAUGGUUUUGAGAUUUACAAAAUUAAAGAUUUCAGUAGAAUGAUUUAUUAUCGUUGUAAAAACGACAAAGAGCGUUUACACGAUAUGGAUGUUACUUCUAAGGAAGUGAUUAUAACGAGAUAUGCUUCGGAGUAUAAUAUUGUAGAGAUGUUAGACGGAGCUUUUCAAUUUAAAUGGACAUAUCGUUUCGACUUGGACGAUAUUGGAGAUAUUAAGGAAAUGAAAGUCGCUAAUGAUAAGGUAUUCUUGUCUGGUUCUCGGGGUAUUAUAAGGGUACUGGACGUAAAAAAUGGCAAACUAGUUGGCGACAUUAGCAGGAAUAAGAAACGUAGAAAUUUUCCAUCAUCUUUCCUUACGGAUUUUCACUAUUUUCCUCACUACAUACUGUGCUCAUUCGAAACUAAUUAUUUGACCACAAUAGUUGCUCAACCGCCAGCCUCCUAUAACGGAAUCGACGAUAAUGACAAAUAUAUAGAUGAUAUUCAACUAUACACUUUUCCAAGGAAUAUCUUCAAUGAACAAUUAGUAGGUCAUUUCCGGACCCCGACAGGUGUAAAGUUUGCAUUUUGUCAUAGAAAGUCAAGGCAUUCCGAUUUAUGUUUUCACCACAUGUUUACUCCGUCGUUGGAAUCCUGA